CUUGAUCGUUUUCAAAUAUCAUUAAUAAAUAAGAUAGUGAACAUGUCGUAUGAGUCAAAUUUAGAUAUCGAAUUUUCUCCAAGUCAAUGGUCUAAAAGAAGACAAGGAAUCGAAAGAUGUAAAGAACAUAUUGAGUUAAUCGAAAACUACAGUCAAAUCGUCAGACAAUCUAUACCUUGUAAGUUGAAUAUUCCCUAUGGUGCUGGGAAAAGAGAACUUAUAGACAUUUUUGGCAUAAAUUUGCCAGAAGAAUCUCCCGUUUUUAUACACGUUCACGGUGGAUAUUGGCAAGAAACUAGCGUACGCCAUGAUAACAAUUCCUUUAUAGCCAAAAAUUUAUAUCUACAUAAAAUCAAAUCAGUUUUUAUAGGUUACGAACUCUGUCCAAAUGUGUCAUUGACAAUUUUAAUUGAAAAUAUAAAGAAAGCUCUAAAAAUGUGUCUAACGUUAGUGGAUAUAAAUAAAAUUAGUGGUAUACAUCUUUCUGGGCAUUCAGCAGGAGCACAAAUCGUGGCCAUCUUGUUUACUGAUUUUAUUCCCAAUAACCUUCUAGAAAAACAAAGACAACUGUUUAAAUCCGCAUUUUUAAUAACAGGAUUGUAUGAUUUAGUACCUCUACUAGAAACUUCUUACAACAAUUUAUUAAAGUUAGAUAAAGAAUCUGCUAUAAAUCUCAGUCCACUUCAUCAGAAUUUGAAGUUUGGCGAAUGUAAAAUACUAAUAGUUGUUGCCGAAAACGAUAGUCCCAGAUUUAUAGAACAAGGACAUAGAAUGUAUCAAUAUGUUAAGGAAAUUGGAUUUCAAUCGAAAUUUGUAUUACAAAAGAACGUUGACCAUUAUGAUAUUAUUGAAGAUCUUUAUAAUGACAAAAACGAUCUUAUUAAUCUCAUUAUUGAUAUUUGUUUAAAAAAUAUUUGAGUUUUUGACGUAACUUUUUCCUAGUCUUAAGGCCACAGUUUUAUUGUAUUUUUCCUAUAAGAAGCAAGGGUUUACCAUUUCCGAUUGCACUUAAAUUCCGCUAAAUGUUUUAAACUUAAUCUUCUACCAGCUUAAAGUAGGUAUAAGGUUUGGAUAAUGAUAUCUCCUACUUUUUAUUUGUCCAGUUUAUAUACUGAAUUUAAAAAAAAAUCAUAUAAAGUGAUUUUAAAAUCAGAACUAAAAACUAGGAGAUUUCAUUCUACAUAUUGUUGCGCAGCUUUUGGUAUCUCAAUCAACUUUUACAAUAACUAUACAACUGAUUACAUUAACUUAUAACGUCUAUCAUAAAACUGAAAACUGACGUCAGGCUCAUCGACUUAUAUAGCUUGCGUGACCCUUCUCGAACUGUCCCACGUCCCACAAUAUUUUAUAUCCCCUCACAAUAUAUCCCACAGUGUAUCCACUCUUACCGUCAAGGUCAAUGCGUGUUAAGUUUCAUACCCCCGCCGUCGUGAGAUCGCCACCGUCACCGUUUAUAGGACACGCUUGUGCAGCGUUGCCAAUAGCAAUAAUUUUACCCGAUUUUUGGGUAUUGUUAAUUAACUAAUGAACUUUUAUGAAUUGAUUUAUAAUUUAUUAAUGCAAGAUUAUAGCGUUUUUGCCGUUUUUCAUUUAGUAGUAUGUACUACUGCUGAAAAGUCAUGUUUUAAAAUAUUUUCAUCGUCACUAUUACAUUUAUUGGUGACUUCAGGCGUUCGGGGUAAGUGAUGAGAAUUAUCACCAUUUGACCGUGACAACACUGCCUACUUUGUGUACUUGAUACCUACAUAACCACAAAUAUUUCUUAUUUCUUUAUUAUUUUUAUGAAUGUUGUGAGUGAUUUGUUUGUUUUUGAACUGAUUGUUAAAUAAUAAAAUGGAAAUAAAACAGAAAGUCAAUAGUGAAAUGGAAAUAAAGCACAGAAUUAAUACCACAGCAUAAAGUUUAUUUAAUAGGCAUUGUCGCGAUUAGUUUCGGCUUACAUUGGUCAAUGACCACAUGGAGGAAGGAUUAAUGUGACCACAUUACAUUUGAGAUAAUGGAUAAACUUUCAGUCAUGAUUGUAAAGUGUAAGUGUUCCCGGUUCCAGGUUGUUACAUUAUUUUAAUGGUAAAAUACGUCUUCUUGCUAACACAAGAUACCUAUAAUAUAAGAAAUAAGAAAAACCAGAUAAAACUAAAAAAAUGAAAACACUUGAAUCUUUUUUAUUUUAUUUUAAUAUUUUGCAUGUACCUAUUAUUAUUGCCUUAUUUUUAGCUAUUUUUAGUUUUAGUUAAAAUAAUAUCCGAAAUAAUUUACAUUUUAUAAAUAAAUCGUUAUAA